UCGGCCUCCGCCUCCGCCACGUCGCCGGACGGGUCCACGGCCCUGCACUUCGCGGCCGAGUACGGCCACGCCGACGUGGCGGAGGCGCUGCUGCGCGCGGGCGCGCCGGUCGAGGCGGCCAAGCCUGGCGAUGGGACCAGGCCACUGCACCGUGCCGCCGAGAACGGGAAGGCGGCGGUGGUGGAGGUCCUGUUGCGGGCCGGCGCGUCUGUCGACGCGGCCGCGGCAGGCGAGUGGCGCCCGCUGCUCCUCUCCCUCGUGCGCAGCCACGCCGCGCUCGCCUUGUCGCUGCUCGAGGCGGGCGCCUCGCCUCACCAUGCGCGCGAGGACGGGACGCUCCCUCUCCACGCGGCGACCCGGCUCGGCUCGUCCGCCCUGGUCGAGGCGCUUCUCGACCGCGGCGCGCGCAUCGACGCCGCAGACAAGGCCGGCGAGACGGCGCUCCACCGCGCCGUCUCGGACCGGGGAAGCGCGUCCGUGCCGCUGCUGCUGCGGCGGGGCGCCUCCGCCGCCGUU